CCAAGCUUAGAUCACCGAGUUCUGCGAGCGUAAUGGCUUCUCUUGCUUGCUCUUCCUGCCGCCGUUGCCUCCACCACCUCCUCCUCCUCCUCUUCCUUGCUCUUUCUCGUUCGUCAGCGUAUGGAAAACCUCCAAAUAUGCAUGUGUUCAGCAUCCAUGAUUUGCUACCCAAGUCUUCGUGCUCUUCCCCAGAAGCUUCUGAUCCGUCCAAGUUGAAGGUAGUCCAUCGGCACGGUCCGUGCUCGCCGUUUGACGAAGGUCGGAAGCUGCCCCAUGCCCGACUUCUCGACGCCGACCAAGCCCGAGUCGACUCGCUCCAUGUCCGGGCCUCUGCUGCUGCUCAGGUCGACAAGCUGCGCAGCUCGUCGGCGGCAAGGAUCCCCGCCCGCACCGGCGGCUCCCUCGGCACCGGCAACUACGUGGUCACGGUCGGCUUCGGCACCCCCCUCAUGGACUUCUCCGUCGUCUUCGACACCGGCAGCGAUGUGACGUGGAUCCAGUGCAAGCCAUGCAACGACUGCUACGCGCAGCAGGAGCCGGUGUUCGACCCGGCCCAGUCCUCCACGUACGCCACUCUGGCCUGCAACUCCGCCGACUGCGGCCGGCUCGACUCGCACAGCUGCUCCAACGCGUCCACCUGCCGCUACGACGUCCAGUACGGCGACAAGUCGCAGACGCAGGGCACCUUUGGCCGCGACACUCUCUCGUUGUCGCCGUCCGACGUGCUGCCCGGCUUCAAGUUCGGCUGCGGCGACACCAACAGCGGGCUGUUCGGCAGGGCCGCCGGGCUCCUCGGCCUCGGCCGUGGAAGCGUGUCGUUGGUGUCGCAGGCGUCGCGGAAGUACGGCGCGGUGUUCUCCUACUGCCUGCCCUCGACGUCGAGCUCGACCGGCUAUCUAACCAUCGGCCGUGGCUCGCGGUCGAGCACCAAGUACACGCCCAUGCUGACGGUGCCGGAAAUGCCAUCGUUCUACUUCGUGAGGUUGAUAGCCAUCAAGGUGGGCGGCAAACAGCUGCCCAUCUCGAGGAUGGUGUUCUCGACCGCUAGGACGCUGAUGGACUCCGGCACGGUGAUCACGCGGCUGCCACCGUCGGCAUACGCCGUCCUGCGGUCGGCGUUCAAGCAGAAGAUGACACAGUACCCGCCCGCGCCGGCGUUGUCGAUACUGGACACGUGCUACGACUUCACGGGGUACACGACGGUGUCGGUGCCGACUGUGGCGCUCGUGUUCAGCGGCGGGGCUACGCUUAGCGUCGACUUCACCGGGAUUCUUUACGUGGCGAGCGUGUCGCAGGCUUGCCUGGCCUUCGCUGGAAACGACAACGCCGACGACCCGGCCAUCAUUGCCAACGUGCAGCAGAGAACGUACAACGUGGUGUAUGACGUCUCCAAGAGGAAGAUUGGAUUUGGGGCCAAAGCUUGCAGCUGAAAUCAUCAGUCAGUCAUUCGACAGUAGCAAACAAAUGGAAUGAUUAAAGGACGAACGACAGAAUAAAAGUAACUGUGAAAGGUUAACAAAGCAACGGUCAAAGCAUCGAUUGGUCGUGUCAAAUUCCUUCUAGAAGAUUUUUUUUAAUGAUUUUCUUGAGAAA